ACCCUCUGGAGAAAACUGGGGAAGGCGUCUGAAGUGGAGAGUGGAAAACACCUUGACUUCAAUAAAAAAAGUAAAGGAGAGUUCCGCGAAGAUGGGAAGGAAGUGCAAAUCGGAACGACUCUUUCUUUUCGUCUUCUUAAACAGCCCUCGACCCACGGCUAGCUGACCUCAGUGGUGGGCGGCCUCUUCGUCGCGAAAGGGGGGAGCGGGUGAAGACAAAGUUCCUCUCGCAAAAGAGUCACGUGUCGCGAGAAGCAAGACCCGCUUCCUUUUCUUUGCUCUUUAAAAAGCGAAACGACUUCGUUUGAACUCUUCAGAAACACGGAUUCGACCGACACGCUCUCCGAGCGCGUGAAGCGGCCGUUUCCGCGGGUCUUCCUCGCGAGACAGGGAAUUCGUUUCCUCAAAAGAACGCACGUGUUUUAGCCCUCGACGAAGCCUUUGUCAACUUUCGCCUGUGCAACAUCUUCCGUCCAUUUGCACGUAGUCAUCAGAUGACUCAUUCGCGCGUCUCUGCUUCGUGAACCCGCACUCGACAACCAUCCUCAACCUCCCUCCAAAUGGUACAGACAUCUCUGCGAGUUCCGAUUUUCCCGAGGUGCUCAGCUGGAGUUUCUUCUUGAGCGAAAUCAUGGCGGUGUGUCGACAAGGGAAAGCGAAUCUCUGCGUCGUCCCGACGUGGCGCGGUUGGGAGGGCGAACUGGUUACAGCCGCCGCCAUGCACAGACACAGCGCCGCUAGGCGAUGUUCACGCUCUCCAGCCUGUUGCGCGCCCACCACUCAUUUCACGAGCUCUCUUGGUUGGAAUGAGCCUUCUUCCGCUUUUCUGUUUCCCUCCUCUGUCUCUCUGCGUAAGUCUCGUAGGACUCCAGUGGCCGACCUCCCGCACCCUGCAGCGCGGUCGGGCAGCAGUUGCGAACGUUCCUUAAGAACGGAUUCUCCACAGAAAUCGAUUUCUCGCGGUGGUACGAAGAGGCUGUUUGCGCGUUUCAACUCGGGAUUUGGAUCCGUCGCAUCCCUAGUCUUUGUCACGGUAGCCUGCUUGUCCGUUCUCUCGGUUCCAGCGACGGCCGCUGAGACCAGCGAGCCGUCAGAUCGGCGGUGCGCGGCGUUCUCGCACCUCACGAUUCCGUUUUUUUUUCUGGACAAAGAAGUCACUUACGACUUGUCGCCGCUUGUCACGGGUGCCCCGCCGACCGGCUGGGUCUGCAAGGCCACACACGCGGACGCCACGCGGGGCAGCUCUCAGGUUUUUGCGAGCAUCGUCGCGACGAUCUUUGGGGGGGGUUUAGAGUCGGCUAGAUCGCGAGACAAAGACCUCACUCGCCGGGCAGAUCCGCACUACGAACUGGCCGACGGGUCUGCGGUGUUCUACGCGUUCAACCCGUGUCGCGUGCUAAGUCAGGACUGCACACAGCGCCACGAGGAACUGCGACCGUCUCCACGCAGUCGGCGCGGGCGCCUUUUCAAAUUCAAAGGGCCAGUGACGGAGGGGAACUGUUUGGAAAAUCUCCUCCCAGACCCGCUGCCCGUGACGCCGUGGCGUGCAGAACUGCGGAAACUCCAAGACCAGGAGUGGCUGCACACUUUUGACAAACCAGCUAGCGGGCACUCGGGUGUACCGACACCUGAAGGCACGGUGAAGGAUCCAGAAGAUGCUCGCUGGGAUCCCAUAGAUGUUUUGGAUCCGCAGGCGGGACUUCAAGCGAAUUUCCGCUUCUACGAACCGGCGUGUCCCGCGCAAGUUGUUCGCGUAAAUGUCCGAAUCGAGUGCAACCUCGACCAGCGUCCUGACAUGUCUGACGCGGACGCUCCCUUUUCCCUCUGUCAACAACUGGAUCUCUGCCACUUUGAAAUGCGGAUGGCCGCCAAGGCCGGAUGCCCCUCCGGGUCGACGAACAUGAGCCGGCCGCUGCCUUUUCUCUUCGACUUCGACAAACGCGCGAACGCAGUUCCGACAGGGGACACCGGAACAGCCUCGACCGUUCCUGCGAAGCCGGCGCAGUCGCCCGAAGCCACCACCCUGGGAGAGAAGACUGGCGUUUAUGGCCAGAAGCGCGAAGCCGCAAGCGCCUCUUCAGCUUCCCCAGAGGGAGAAACGCGCCAAACGAAAGCUGUGCCAGCAAUCUCCGUCGCCGCGACCCAGGACGUUCUCGACGCCGCCAGAACACUCAACAACGAAUUCCUUCUCCAGGAAAUGCGCUCUCUGGCCUCUGCAGGAUUCCUCGAUGCGUCCCUGAAGCAGAAACUCGCAGCAGCGCCGCGACAAGAACUCGCUCCCGCAAAAACUCCAGACAGACAAACGUCCGUCCCCGGACACACAACGUCGAGAAUGACGUUCUUCUCGUCGUCUUCGUCCUUCGCCUCCCUCGCGUCUUCCGUCCCGCAGAGGCUGCGGUCGCUUCUUGCCCGCCCAGUCAUUGGCGGGUCGUCAGGGGGGCAGAACGACAGGCCAGCUCCUUUCCCUCUCUUGCUGCGCGUCAGUUUAUGCGCUGUCAUCAUUUUCGUGGCCUACUGGGGCAUCCGAGACUGGAUCACGCGCGAAUUCGCCGUCAGAGGCACCCUUGAAAAUGGUGUCACUCGUAAAAGCGAGCCCUCGAACGCCGGCGGAAGCCUCCCCAGUCUGCCGACUGAGCCGAGUCCGUCCAGAGUCUUUUGGGCUGCGGAGAAACACUUACCUGAAUGUACGGGAAGCGCAGAAGUUUCCGCCCACAGCGCUCCCUUUGGACUCCACACAGGCUUUUGCCACUUUGUCGCCAGCGGCAUCGGGGUCGCACGCGGAGGGUACGGGAGCUGUCGCGAAAGCGACACGGUUCCUUCGUUUUCAGGAACGCCUUCGGCAUCCCAGGCUUCUCUCCCUUCCUUUGCUGGGGUUCCGGCUGGCACUGAGACGCACUCACCGGCACUGAGUAACUCAGUCGGAAAGGGUGCGGGAGGGGCGCGUGUCGCUGCAUGCGUCGUGGAAUUCACAGAACUCGAGAUGGAGGAGACGAGGCGAAAGGAGCAACACAAACCUCUCGUUGUUCCUCUUUCGCCGAGCCGGACGCUGCACCCCGGAGGGGAGACCGGUGGCGCGGAGACGCCCUUUUCUUGUGCAGCAGAUCCUGCCUCCCACAGCUGGGAAGAAGACUGGUACCAGCAUAGCGACGCUCGUCCGAGGUCUUUCGCCGCGCCUUCUGUGGUCACUCUCUCCGUGGAGAACGAAGGAAGCGGCAGAACGACGACAGCCGGUCUGUCUUCCGACAGCCACCCUGACACACGGCUCGGUAGCAGCGCCGUUCCUGGGCCAUCUUCGUUUUUCGUGGAAGAAGAAGACGCGUUCACCGAGCAGACCAGUCCGUGGAGUGAACAGAUUCUUGACCCGAGCGAGGGCGACUUGCAUGCUGUCGAACUGGGCGCCACUGGAAGAUGGGCAGAGCGGGGAGAUUCAGCGAAUCCCUUGUGAAGAGAUCCAAGUGUGCACGAGACAGGGAAAGAGGAGGAGGAAGAGACACGAUCCCCAGAUGGAAUGUUACAAGAGGGACUGUACCCUAAAGAGGGAUUCCAUUCUGAAGACGGUUUCCAUCUCUUUCUGUUUUUUUUCUCGUAUGCACUCAUGUGUGCAAAGAACUUGAUUGUCCUGCGUCCCAGCUGAAUGUGAACAAUUCGUCUGCAGUGCGACUUCCUGCAAGUGACUGUUUACCUUACCGCGUAGACAAGCAAGCAAAGGGGCGUCAGCUGCCGAUGUGAGUUCAGGCACACACUACAGUGGAGGGAUGUUGGGUCCACUUUUCUGCGGAUCCAUGUUCACUUUGCGGUGUACAGAUGCUGUAGGUGUAGAUCUACGUGUUUAUGUCUGUGGAGAGACGAGACAACGGGAGUCUGUACCGAGAGAACCCUGCGACAAGUGAAUUCGCAUGACCUGGUCAGAGGAUGUCAACACAGGGAGUUGUCAUGAUUGGAAGGAGGCAACUCCGAGAAGUUCCGUAACUUGCUCCAGAGAGAGAGAGUCGCUGCAGUCGACCAUAUCCACACGUUUUCUCGUUUCCUUGCCGAGAUCGCAUAAAACAGAGAAGAAGAGAGGAGAGGUGGGGCUUACGAGAGAAGCCUCUGCGUUUAAGCCGCAGGGAGGCGCCGGCGCUUAGUUUGUUUACAGUGGGCGCACCUCCCGGUGACCCUGUUGCCUCUGACUUUUCUCCGUGGCUUGGUAAUCGACUCGACACUUCGUCUCGGCUGUCUUCAGCGGCUGCUCUCACUUCGGCGGUCUCUUCACUCGAGGCCGCGCAGCGCAGGGUUGUCCGUCGCAGCUUUUGUCCACACGCAGAGUGUUCAGAAGGAAACUGGACAUUUCUUCUCCACAUUGUCUCAACGUUCGUGUUUCGACCUUCUCGUCUGCUGGCCGCGAUCCGAGUCCCUCUCUCUCCCUGCGCGGUUCCUUUCUCGAAAGUCUCUUCGACCGUCCUGUCUCUUUGGGGGCGGGGCUUCUCGCUCUUUCCGCAGCUUGAACCCGUGGAACAGCGAGAGUCUGCACUGGAAUUGCCGCACUGCACGUGAACACUGGAUCCUCUGCAC